UAUCCCUACGUUUAGCUUUUGCAAACCAUGGAGCGUUGUAAGGUUACCAUUCUCAUACUCAGCCUUACCAUCUCCAUCUUUCCAUUACAACUUCUCUCCUCAGAAGCUAUCCCCAAUCAAGAUGUUAGCUACAUGAAGUUUGUACAUAAUGCCACUGAUUUACCAACAAAAGAAGAAUAUGACUACAUAAUUAUAGGAGGUGGAACAGCGGGGUGCCCAUUAGCUACAACAUUAUCAUCAAAAUUCUCAAUCCUCGUUUUAGAAAGAGGCAGUGACCCCAACAAAUAUCCUUCUGUGUUGAAUGCACAAGGUAUAAACAAUGCUUUUGCUGCUGGAGAUGAUGGAAAAAAUCCCUUUCAAUAUUUCGUCUCGGAAGAUGGCGUAGAGAACAUAAGAGGACGAGUUCUUGGCGGGGGAAGCAUGGUCAAUGCCGGGUUCUACUCCAGGGGACAUCGAGAGUUUUUUGAAAACGCAGGUGUUGAUUGGGACAUGGAAUUGGUUGAGAAGGCUUAUGAAUGGGUUGAAGAGACUGUGGUAUCUCAACCAAUUUUAAAUAAUGCUUGGCAAGCUGCUUUUAGAAGUGCUUUGUUGGAAGGUGGUGUUGUCCCUGAUAAUGGGUUUGAUUUGAGGCAUCUUGUGGGUACUAAAAUUGGAGGUUCAAUCUUUGAUAACAAAGGAAAUAGACAUGGAGCUGUGGAGCUUCUUAAUAAGGCUAAUCCCACAAAUAUUAAAGUUGCAAUUCAAGCCACGGUUCAAAAGAUCCUAUUUUCUGGUUUAUCAGCAACUGGAGUUUCAUAUUCAGAUUCGAAAGGAAAGUUACACACAGCAUCCAUUCACAAAAAUGGUGAGAUAAUUGUAAGUGCAGGAGCCAUUGGAAGUCCUCAACUUCUCCUUCUAAGUGGAAUUGGCCCGAAAUCUCAUCUUUCAUCCUUAAAACUACCUGUCGUUCUUCACCAACCUCACGUCGGACAGUUUAUGACGGACAAUCCCCGUUUCGGUACCACCAUUGUCCUUCCAUUCCAAUUACUUCCUUCAGCUGGAAAAGUUGUCGGAAUUUUACAAGAAAAUAUCUAUAUACAAUCUUUCGCUGGCCCUUCAACAUUUUUAGUUCCACCAGCUUUCAGCCUCCUUCCUCCUCAAUCCACUUCCAUCAACCCCACCUUAGCAAGUUUUGUUGGUAAAUUCUCUGAUGUCAAUUCUAAAGGGUGGCUUCAUUUGAAUUCCUCACUUGAUGUGAAGAAGAGCCCCAUUGUUCGAUUCAAUUAUUAUUCACAUCAUGAUGACCUUGAUCGAUGUGUUAGAGGAGUAAGAAAAGUGGGGGAUUUGCUUAAAACUCAAACUAUAGAAAAGAUUAAGACCCAAGAUUUGGAGGGUGAAAAAGCAUUUAUGUUUUUGGGACUUCCGUUAACGGAAAAUUUGUGGAAUGAUAGCUCUGUUAAAGAAUAUUGUAAAAAAACGGUGACUACAUAUUGGCAUUAUCAUGGAGGAUGUUUGGUUGGCAAAGUUGUCGACGGUAAUUAUAAAGUGAUCGGAAUUGAAAAUUUACGUGUAGUUGAUGGCUCCACUUUCUCUGUCUCACCGGGAACUAAUCCUAUGGCCACCCUCAUGAUGCUUGGCCGAUAUGUUGGCCUUAAGGUGCUGAAACAAAGAUGGUGAGUAGAGUUGUCUAACGAAGAGUCGUUCUUUGUUUCCCAUGUUUUCAUUUAAGAGGGCUAGAAAUAAGAGGUUGAAAACAUAUGCAUAUUUGAUAAAGUUAUCAAAUUUGGGACUAGUUAAAGACUCACAUGUAUCUCCAAAUUGAAAGUUGGCAAAAUGUGAUGAUGUCGCAUGAUUUUAAUCAAGAUUGCUUUAUCAAGUAAAA